AUGAAUGCUUUGAGCUUUGAUAAUAAAACACUAAAGUCUUGUUCACUCUUUGUCGAACAGGUUAAUGAUACCAUCUACUACAAUGCCAAGGACAAGUUUGACAUCAAUGACACUGAAACACGCCAUAACUGCGUCAAGCUAGAAUUCAAAGAGGAUCCUGCCUUCAAACGCCCUGUUUCAUACAGUACAACAGCAGUGCACAUUCCCACUGAUAUCUACGAGGGCUCCACUAUAAUCCUGAAUGAGCUAAACUGGACUGCGGCUCUGGAUGACGUCUUUAAGAAGAACAAGGAAGAUGACCCGUCCCUCCUCUGGCAGGUGUUUGGCAGUGCCUCUGGCCUGGCUCGAUACUUCCCAGCUUCCCCUUGGGUUGACACGAAGAACACACCAAACAAGAUUGACCUGUAUGAUGUACGCCGAAGGCCCUGGAGUGGAAGUGUGUCGGGUCUGACACUGAAGCUCAUUCGCACUUCCGUCAGCGAGAUGUUGGAGACUCUCUCAGAUGAUGAUUACGUCAACAUUGUCUCUUUCAACAAUUCGGCCAAGUCGGUCGCCUGCUUUGAAAACCUGGUCCAAGCAAAUGUCCGUAAUAAGAAGAUUCUGAAGGAGGCAGUCCAGAAGAUCACAGCGAAUGGCACCACUGACUAUAAAAUCGGCUUCAAGGAGGCUUUUUACCAGCUCUCCUCAGUAAGAAUAUCUAAUGUAGCUUAA